AUGUUCUUUCUUUCUUUCUUUCUUUCUUUCUUUCUUUCUUUCUUUCUUUCUUUCUUUCUUUCUUUCUUUCUUUCUUUUGCUUGCACUGUCCACUCUAUGCUUUUCUUUCUUUCAUUCUAUUUGAACUCUCCUUUUUCUUACUCUGUGCUGCUUUUCUUUCUUUCUUUCUUUCUUUCUUUCUUUCUUUCUUUCUUUCUUUCUUUUUGCAUUUUCGACUAUACUCUUUUCUUUCUUUUCAUUCUGCUAUUCUUUCUUUUCAUUUCACGCUUUUUUUCUUUUUCCUCCCUCCCUUUCUUUCUUUCUUUCUUUCUUUCUUUCUUUCUUUCUUUCUUUCUUUCUUUCUUUAUUUAUUUCGAUGUGCACUCUAGGCUAUUCUUUCUUUCUUUUUUCAUUUUGUGCUUCCUUCGUUUUUUGCAUUCUUUCUUUCUGUUUCAAUUCGAGGCAGUUCUUUCUAUUUCUCAUUCUAUACUUUCUAUCUAUUUGCACUCUAAACUAUCCCUUCUUUCUUUCUUUCUUUCUUUCUUUCUUUCUUUAUUUCUUUCUUUCUGCUAUUCUUUCUUUCUUUCUUUCUUUCUUUCUUUCUUUCUUUCUUUCUUUCUGCUAUUCUUUCUUUCUUUCUUUCUUUCUUUCUUUCUUUCUUUCUUUCUUUCUUUCUUUCUGUAUUUUGAGUUAUUCUUUCUUUUUUUCUUUUUCUCUUCUUUCUUUUACUUCUUUCUUUCUUUACUUCUUUCUUUCUUUCUUUCUUUUUCAGGCUUUCUUUCUUUUUUCUUUCUUUCUUUCUUUCUUUCUUUUCUUUUCUUUCUUUUUCUAUUUGUACCCCAGGCUAUUCUUUCUUUCUUUCUUUCUUUCUUUCUUUCUUUCUUUCUUUCUUUCUGCACUCUAAGGUAUUCUUUCUUUCUGUUUUUUUCUUUUUUCUUUCUUUCUAUUCCGUUCUUUCUUUCUGUUCUUUCUUUCUUUCUUUCUUUCUUUCUUUCUUUCUUUCUAGGCUGUCUUUUCUUUUUCUAUUCUAUUCUUUCUUUCUAUUCGGUUUUCUUUCUUUUUCUCUUUCUAUUCGUUCCUUCUUUCCUUCUGUUUUCUUUCUAUUAUGUUUGA